AUGGUUUCAGAAACAGCUAGAGAAAGAAGGAGAAAAGCGAGAAGAUGCGCUCGAAAUCCGAGGCUUCCAGAAUGCCAAAUUCAAAAAGAAGAAAACGAUGUAAUAACAAGAGAUUUCGACAUCGAAACAACUUCGGCUCCAGCUGAUCCCAAUUUAGUGACUGAAGUUUUUAACGGAAUCAUCCCCGUAACCGAAAUCGGAACCUACACAAAACCUCCUCGCCGAACACUUUCUACUUCGACAACGAUUCCGACAACAAUGAUCACAAAUCUUACCCUCGCAAGUCCAGCUGAAAUUGUAGUGCCAGCAAAUCCGCAGCCAAGAGCGAUGGAUGGAUGGAUGGUUCUAGUCGGAAUUAUUGCUGGAACAAUUAUUUUAGUGACGCUUGUCUGGAACACCGUUAAACUUUGGUGUCGAAAAAUCGAGCGCGAUUCCAUGCGACGGCCGGGAGUCAUCGCCUAUUUGACCGAAGAUGAAGCAAUUACGACUCAAGGACACGGCCGACUCGCUGAGGUACCGCUGGAGAGGCUUCAUGAACUCAGCAUCGCUUUAUCUCCGGGAAAUGUGGCCCAAGCAGCGCCAGGGGAAAUAAUGCUUACGAAUUCGCAAUUAAAUCGGUUGAUAGUUGCUGGAGAAAGUCAGUCAAACUAUCAGAUGAGAACCGGAACGCCUGUUCGACCAAAUACGCCAGAGGGGCGGAAUGGCGAUGGAAAUUUAGGGACAUAUCCCCGCGAAUCACCCCAACCGACCGCUCCACUCUCCCCAACCUUCACAACAACAAGCAAUCUCCCCGCCCCGCCCCCUUACUCCGAAAUAAACCCCCAUCCGACCCCCUUAGACCCUUCCCCUCCUCAAGAAGCUCAAGAAAAUAACGAUCCAAAUGACUCCGACUCCUCCUCCGGCGAAAUAAACGAGCCAAACGAAUCGAGAACAACGAAUUUAUAA